CAGGCACCGAGCUGGGCCACCGGGAGCCCCACCCAGUGCCCCGCCGCAGGACUCGCCUCCCUCCGCCCUCCCAACCCGUCCGGAAUCCGGGGUCCCUAGUACCCCCGCUGCGUCAUGGAAUCCGCUGGCUUCUUCCGAGGGCAUCGCCCCACCUCCUUCCCGAAAUCGACUUCUGAUUGGUGGAAUUGUGCGUCACUCUGCCGCCCUCCCGCCCCCUCGGGGCCCCACCCCCGGGCCUCGCAGGCCCCUCCUCUGCGCUCCCGCCUCUGCGCGGCUCCUUGGGCUAAUCGCCGGGCGGCGCGCGCCGAGAAGUUCUGGGCAAAGUACUCAGAACUGGCCGCGUGCUGGUGGCGUCCGCCAGCCGGCCCGGGAGAAGGGACCCGAGCGCGACGCGGCCGGUGCGCAGCGCGGCUCCGACCCGGCAGACUGUCUGCAAGUGGCCAUCCCCGCCCCCGACUCCUGCGGCCGGUGCGGGAGCUGUCAGCUGCACGUUGCGGGGGGAUCGGAGAAGCCGGGUUUCCUUCUCCCGGUUCUGUGCGUUAACCCCGGAGCCCGGCCCUGGGGAACUAGGGAGCGUCUCUGGCUGCACAGCGCUCAGAGUUUUUGAAGUGGCCUCUGAUAAUACACAUACUGCACAUGGAAACAGUCCGUAGUUGAGAGAAUUGGAGCACAGCGACAACAGAGGGAAGCCAAGCACAGAGAAAUACUCAUCUCUUGCUACUGAAGAUUAUCAAUGUGAUGACAAAUAAAUGGUUCCAGCAUAAACUGACAGCCAGAUACCAUUGUCCAGCUUUUUGUCUCAUGGAAGCUGCACACUUCAAAUAUGCAUCCAGGUGCAUUUCUGUUGCUGGAUUGGGCUCUGAGCAAUCUGAUGUCCCCUGAAGAAGUGGAUUGUAAAGGCCAUGGAUGGAGCAGGGAAUAGAAAUGGAUACUCUGUUGUGCCAGAGUUUUAGGGUUUCCUUUGGGCCACCCAAAAUGUUUUUUAAAUACUUUGGAUAAGAGCUAAACCACCUGCCACUGGGGACUUCCAUACUCUCGGCUCCCUUGUCAUCUGAUGGCAUUUUGACUAUCUCGAGGCCAAGUGACUUGCUGUCCAUGAUGAGUGAUGAGAAGAACCUUGGUGUGUCCCAAAAAUUGGUAUCACCUUCAAGGAGCACAAGUAGCUGCUCUUCCAAGCAAGGAAGUCGACAGGACAGCUGGGAAGUGGUGGAAGGACUGAGGGGGGAGAUGAAUUACACCCAGGAGCCACUAGUUCAGAAAGGAUUUUUGCUGAAAAAGAGGAAAUGGCCCUUAAAAGGAUGGCAUAAGAGAUUCUUCUAUCUGGACAAAGGAAUCUUGAAAUAUGCCAAGAGCCAAACCGAUAUAGAGAGAGAGAAGCUGCAUGGCUGCAUUGAUGUCGGGCUCUCAGUGAUGUCUGUAAAGAAGUCAUCAAAAUGCAUAGACCUUGACACCGAGGAGCACAUCUACCAUCUGAAGGUCAAGUCAGAAGAAGUCUUUGAUGAGUGGGUAUCGAAACUUCGCCACCACAGAAUGUAUCGUCAGAAUGAAAUUGCCAUGUUUCCACAUGAAGUUAACCACUUUUUCUCAGGGUCCACCAUCACAGACUCUUCAUCUGGGGUGUUUGACUCCAUUUCAAGUAGGAAGCGUAGCAGUAUAUCAAAGCAGAAUUUAUUUCAAACUGGAAGCAAUGUAUCAUUUUCUUGCGGUGGUGAGACACGAGUUCCAUUAUGGUUACAGUCUUCAGAGGACAUGGAAAAAUGCUCCAAAGACCUGGCGCACUGUCAUACCUACCUGGUAGAAAUGAGCCAGCUCCUGCAAAGCAUGGACGUCCUGCAUCGGACAUAUUCGGCACCAGCUAUCAACGCCAUCCAGGGUGGAUCUUUUGAAAGUCCCAAAAAGGAAAAAAGAUCGCACAGGAGGUGGCGGUCCAGAGCUAUUGGCAAAGAUGCUAAAGGAACGCUGCAGGUCCCCAAACCUUUUUCUGGCCCAGUAAGACUACACUCCUCCAAUCCUAAUUUGUCAACACUAGAUUUUGGAGAAGAGAAAAAUUAUUCUGAUGGCUCUGAAACCUCAUCAGAGUUUUCUAAAAUGCAAGAAGAUCUGUGUCAUAUUGCCCAUAAAGUUUACUUCACUUUAAGGUCAGCUUUUAAUAUCAUGUCAGCGGAGAGAGAGAAACUGAAGCAGCUGAUGGAGCAGGAUGCCUCCUCCUCCCCAUCUGCUCAGGUCAUUGGUCUGAAGAACGCCCUGUCAUCCGCCCUAGCACAAAACACAGAUCUUAAAGAACGCUUACGCAGAAUCCAUGCCGAGUCUCUGCUCCUCGACUCCCCCGCUGUCGCCAAGUCGGGUGACAAUCUGGCAGAGGAAAACUCCAGAGAUGAAAACCGAGCUCUAGUUCAUCAGCUUUCUAAUGAAAGUAGACUCUCCAUCACUGACUCCCUUUCCGAGUUUUUUGAUGCUCAGGAAGUUCUGUUAUCUCCAAGCUCUUCAGAAAAUGAGAUUUCUGAUGAUGACUCAUAUGUCAGUGACAUAAGUGAUAAUCUUUCCUUAGAUAAUCUCAGUAAUGAUUUAGAUAAUGAGAGACAGACCUUGGGGCCUGUUCUUGAUAGUGGUCGGGAAGCGAAGUCCCGGAGAAGAACGUGCCUGCCGGCGCCCUGCCCGAGCAGCAGUAACAUCAGCCUGUGGAACAUCCUGAGGAACAACAUCGGGAAGGACCUGUCCAAGGUGGCCAUGCCGGUGGAGCUGAACGAGCCCCUGAACACGCUGCAGAGGCUCUGUGAGGAGCUGGAGUACAGCGAGCUCCUGGACAAGGCCGCGCAGAUUCCCAGCCCCCUGGAAAGGAUGGUAUAUGUGGCAGCCUUUGCCAUAUCAGCAUAUGCAUCUAGCUACUACCGAGCUGGAAGCAAGCCAUUUAAUCCGGUUCUUGGAGAAACAUAUGAAUGUAUUCGGGAGGACAAGGGCUUCCAGUUUUUUUCAGAACAGGUCAGCCACCAUCCGCCUAUCUCUGCAUGUCAUGCUGAGUCUAGAAAUUUUGCUUUCUGGCAAGAUGUGAGAUGGAAAAACAAAUUCUGGGGCAAAUCCAUGGAAAUUGUUCCAAUUGGCACAACCCAUGUGACUCUGCCAGCUUUUGGGGAUCAUUUUGAGUGGAACAAAGUGACCUCUUGCAUCCAUAACAUCUUAAGCGGGCAGAGGUGGAUUGAGCACUAUGGAGAGAUUGUCAUCAAGAACCUGCAUGAUGAUUCCUGCUACUGCAAAGUGAAUUUUAUAAAGGCAAAAUACUGGAGCACUAAUGCCCAUGAGAUUGAAGGCACAGUGUUUGACAGGAGUGGAAAAGCGGUUCAUCGGCUGUUUGGGAAAUGGCAUGAAAGCAUCUACUGUGGCGGCUCCUCCUCUUCUGCUUGUGUAUGGAGAGCAAAUCCCAUGCCAAAAGGCUACGAGCAAUACUAUGGCUUCACACAGUUUGCGCUGGAAUUAAACGAAAUGGAUCCAUCAUCAAAGUCUUUAUUGCCACCUACUGACACUCGAUUUAGGCCAGACCAGAGGUUUCUAGAAGAAGGGAACUUAGAAGAAGCUGAAAUACAAAAGCAGAGGAUUGAACAACUACAGAGAGAAAGGCGGCGGGUCUUAGAAGAAAAUCAUGUGGAGCACCAGCCUCGGUUUUUCAGGAAAUCCGACGAUGACUCUUGGGUGAGCAACGGCAUCUAUUUGGAACUUAGAAAAGAUCUUGGUUUUUCCAAACUGGACCAUCCUGUCUUAUGGUGAAAAAGUAAAGAAGAAAGAUAACGUUAGUGUAUUUCUCCCGUGCUUGCCUUCUGAAGCAGCACAAACCUGUGUUUAUAUAUUUAAAAGAUACUCUAGGAUGAUCACUUGUGCUUAGCUUAGCAUUGUAACUCUUUAAGUCUAUAUUUUCCUCAGUGCGUUUCUUUACAAUUUCAAAUGUUACCCUGAUUGUUUAUAUGAAUGUAGAACACCUUGACAUUUCUGUUUUUAUAUAAACUACUUAAUAAAAAUGAAAGAUUGAAUGUUCAUGUGUGGGUUAAAAAAAGAAGCUUUAACACUAAUUUUCCAAAGGUUAGGGAAGAUUCCAAUUAAAUUUAUGCCUUAUAAAAUUAUGCUGUAGAAAAAAAAUCAACCUCUCCCAGGUGCAUUAAGAAAUAAGAAUAUCCAGGGUUACUCACCCAUGCGUAAGCUACCCAAGUUUAAUUUGGUAGCUGAGAUAUCUUUUUGCCUCAGACAGCUCUUGAAUUGCUCAUACAGAACAAUUCUGCUGGUGCUGCAGUCUGAAGAAUAUUUUCAUUUGCAUUUUAGUGGUUAGGAAGAGGAUAUAAGAUUAAUGGAAUAUAUAUUUUCAUAUAAGACGAAUACAGCACCUUCUUGAAAAGGAAGCAUUUGAACUUGUUCCUCCCUAUAGUUCUAUUGCCUUAUAUGCAAAAUUGUACCCUCUUGCUCAGAGAAAUUAUUAAUAGAAGAAUUCCAAUUAAUUAAAUAUCACAAUAGCAUCCCAGAGAGACAGUAGGAAAUUUCUCCUUAGUGAGAGCUGAGUCCUUGAGAAGUUAAGAGACUGUUUCCUGCUUCCCACCUCACCUCUAGUUUUUUGUCCCUCCGUUUGAUCACCUCCCUGUUGAGUAUGGAAUGUCCCAGUUUAAUAUAAAACAUAUAGUUUAUUCCACACAGCAGUUUGACUUUGUAAAAGUUUAGCAAAAUAACUGAUUGCUUUGGAUAACUCAACAUGUUUUUCUUAAACGCUGUUUUAGUAUUUUCUACCUCUUAAUAAGCACCAUAUUUUAGAUCUUGUAUAAAAAGUUGCCAUCUGCCUUAUAGACAAAUGUAGAGAAUUGAUGUCCUUGCUUUGUGUUGUGUUCUGGUAAAGCUUUAAGUAAGUGUCUUACCCCUUUCCUAUACUUCCUUGUUAUCCAUAUCAUUCUUUUGUGAGUUUUGCAGCAGUCUUGAAUAAUACAGAUUAUAACUACUGAAAGGGAAACCUUUAUCUUUUUAAAUGUGUUAUUUCACAUUACAUUAAUACGUGUAGUAGUUGAAUUGUGUUAUCAAGGCAUUUCCAACUUCUGUCCAGAUGACAUUAAAACCAAAGCCUAAUUGUUAAGCCUUUUAUUCUAAAGUCCAUGGCAAUCCUAUGGAAUAUCAAGUAUAAUGAUGUAGUAAAAAGAUUUCUCCAGAAAACACUUUUAGAUACUUAAAGAAAUUCAGAGCAUAUCGAAUGUUAUGAAUGAAGAGUAAAAUAAUUACAGGAAAAGAAUGCACGAUUUUUCAUUGUCACACCAAAUAACCAGUUGGACAAUAUUGCAUUUUCAAAAUGGAGAGUUAUUUAAAGUGGAUCUGUAGCCUUCUGGAAUCUGCACGUGACUGGCAUUUUAAAACAACUCAUUAAAUAUGGGAUUCAUUUUAUCGAGAUGCCAAGAUGAACACAAUGUGAAUAUCAUUUCCAUUUCUAAGCAGUUGAAUGACACAGUCAGAUUCUUUGGUGUGUGCUUUGUUCUUUCCAUCUCAAGCAUUUAUCCAAAUUCUGCUCACAGAGAUGAGGAAGCAGGCUGUAGAUUUAAGGGCACUCAAGGGGAAAACAAAUGUAGUUUCCACAGUGUGAGGAUAAAUGUAGAAUCUUAGUAAUAUUGGCUGUUAAAUUGGCCUGCUCCAGAGACUGGCUCAAAAAAGAAAGAAGCAACAAAAACAAAAUGUACAGCCUGAAUGGAUGUAGCACUGUCAUGUGGCAUUUGGAAAAUCUUUAAUUAUCCUAAUGUUGUUAUUUCACUUUCCCUUAUGCUUUAUUUUAGAGUCCCAAGGACAACUGGACGAAACAUCACCUCUAUAGUCAUCUUAUUUGAGAUGGGGGUGGGAAUGAAUUAAAAUAUGAUACAGAACUAUAUGCAGAUUUUAAAAUCUAGUCAGUACUAGCAUCUAUAAAGGGCUUUUCUGAAAUUUAAACAGCUUGGUGAUGCAUCCUGAUGUUAUAAGCUUAAAACUAUCUUGAGGGGGAAAUGACUUCUUUUAUCCUUCUGUCCCUUUUCUCAAAAGCAUCUUUCCCCCAAAUGUCUGUCUCUAGGACAUUUUAUACUUUUAAGAGGAAGAAAACAGAAACGUGGCAUCAUUUGGGAAGAACCAAGGUAGAAUUUAAUUUUCUGGACUUUAAAUCUCCUGGUUAAAUAAUGCUAAUCACUGUACCAUUUGAGUUACAUAUUUUAACCUCUUUUUUUUUUUUUCUAAUUAUUCCAUCCAAAAUUUCUAGUGAAUUACACAGAAAUUCUUGGAAAUGGGACUUUGUGCAGGUAACCACCCUGCACUUCAGGCGAUGUUCCUGUCACAGCUGUCGACUACCCCACACUGCAGGAAAUCCAUUCAGAAAUGAGCUAACAGUCUCCAGUGUAGCAGGAGAGCCAAUCAGUUCCCUCCCCAGGCCCCAAAGCACCCCAAAGCUGGUAUUCCCUUGAGUCAAAGGUAUUAAUAAUGAAAGCCUCAAUGCAGCUUCUCCAUGUAGUUCCUCUCCUACAAGCCAGGUGGAUUCUGGUCCUAACUAAAGAGAUGGGAGUUCACUUGAGGGCAAAAAGUACCCAGGAUGCCCAAACAGCCGCACAGGUGUCCUGUGCUUCCUGUGAGACUUCCUGGGGGAAAUAUACAAACUAAUAUUUUUUUAAAUGUUUACUUCAUUUACACUGCUGCUUUUCUCAUAUUCUGCUUUUAAUUACUUGUAGUAAAUCAUUUGCUUGGGCUUCAAGCACUGUCUUCCAUCUGCAUCUUCCAGAUUUGUCAUGAGUGAUCUUGUUCUACUGUUAAAGAUGUCAAGCCUAAAAUAAAAAUAAUAAAGUUUUUAUUUGGCUGUCAAACCUUGAUGUAGCCCCUACUACAUACACUACAAGUUAUGCCUUCUGGCUACUACAGAAUCUCCACAGACCUUUUAGUUACGAGUAGAAGCAAUAAGAAGGUGUCCUUAUGGUCUUAGGAAUAAUAGUUCCAAUGUAUUGGCAUGAUUUGUUUGAAUGUCUUUAAUUUUGAUAUUAACACUGGCAUAAAUCUAUUUUUGCUACCAGAUGAUAGCUAUUUUCAUUUGCUCUAUUUUCCUCUGCAUUGUACUAAUCUGUUACUCAGUGUUAGUCUUCAUUUUUCUGUGUUGGAAAUCUGCGUCAUGUAAAUAUCUGCAAAUCAUGACAGUCUAAAGUGCAAACCAUUUUCAGAGACUUUGGGGAAUGCAGUGAUCAGAAGUGGCUAAUUUAUUUUAUUUCUGAUUAUUUUAUCCAGAGGAUACUUUUUUAAUGGAUAUUUGUAAAUCUUCCACUUAACCACUGAAAAUUAUUUGUUUUAAUCCCACCCUUCCAUCCGUACCUCUGUGCCUCCCCAAAAAGCUCCUAUUAAUUUGCUUAUCCCCGUCAUGUAGCUAGUUGAAUGUGAAUAAAUAACAUGGAAAAUUA